CGCGGCUGAGUCAGGAGAAGGAGGAGCCGUGGGGCUCAGCCUCAGCGCCGCCCGCCGCUCGCUGUCUUUCCGGCCAUGAGCCCCCCGGCCGUGUCGGGGCCGGGGCCGCGGCUGGCGGGCGGCGGGCGCUGAGCGAUGUCGCGAUCGGCGGGCGGCGGGCGCUGAGCGAUGUCGCGAUCGGCGGGCGGCGAGUGCCGCAAGGAGGCUGCGGGCUGGGAGGGCGAGGACGGGCAGUGCGACUCGGGCAUCGAGUCGCUGCGCUCGCUGCCGGGCGGGAGGGAGACCCCCGCCGCCGCCGAGACCCCGCCCGCGGAGAUCCCUCCCGGGGACACCUUUGCAGAGGCCGCCGCUGCUGAGGAGCGGCUCGACUCCAGCUACGGCUCCGGAGCCCUUCCCGAGCCCCUGCCCGCGCUGCCAGCCGCCUGCCGCGCCGAGGAGCCGCCGCCCGAGGGGCUCAGCCGGCAGCAGCUGGAAGCUCUCACCUACCUUUCGGAGGAUGGAGACACGUUGGUUCACCUGGCCAUUAUCCACUGUGUCCCAGCUGUGGCACUCUGCUGUAUCGCUCAUCUGCCCAGGGAGGUGCUGGAGAUACAAAAUGAUCUUUUCCAGACCCCGCUGCACCUCGCCGUGUACCUGGAGCAGCCCUGUGUGAUCCAGGCACUGAUCCACAAGGGAGUGAACCCCGGGCUGCAGGACCGCAACGGCAACACGCCGCUGCACCUAGCCUGCGAGCAGCAGCACAUGCAGUGCGCCCAGCAGCUGCUGCAGGGCACGGCCCCACCGCAGGGCACCCCACAGCCCCAUGGGCACCACCACAUCCUGCAGCUCCAGAACUGGCAAGGCUUGGCCUGUCUGCACAUCAGCACCUUGAAGGGGAACAUCCCGAUGAUGUCUUUGCUGCUGGAGAGCGGUGCCAACAUUGAUGUUCGGGAGGGCACAAGCGGGAAGACCCCAUUGCACUUGGCCGUGGAGUGCCACAACCACAGGGCUGUGCAGUUCCUGCUGCACAAUGGGGCGUACGUGGACGCGCAGAUGUACAAUGGGUGCACCCCGCUCCACCUCGCUGUGGGCCGUAAGGAUGCUGCCAUCGCUGCCAUGCUCUCGCACUGUGGGGCUGACACCCUGCUGAGGAACAUGGAGAAUGAGACAGCCCAGGACCUCGCUGAUGGCAACGAUGAUCUCCUCGCCUUGCUGCCCUUCGAUGACCUGAAGAUCUCAGGGAAGCCUGUGGUGUGCUCUGAAUGAGCGGCUGGACUCCUUUGGUCUGUUGGGCUGCCUCCUUGCUCUGCACUGCUGCCUGCUGGGACCUUGCCUGCCUGCAGUUCAGUGGGAGCAGCACCACUGUGGGACACCUAUCACACCCUCUCCUCUUUGGAAAAGUUUUGUUGUCCUCAGGCUGCCUUCCCAGAGGGAAGAAGGCAGCACUAUGAGCACUACACAGGGGAGGCAUUUCCUUGAGUAUUUGUGCCCAGCAGCAGGACUGAACAAGGGUCUCUAGCUUACACAGGGAAGGAGCAGGAGAUGACUCCUUUUCACGCUGCAUGGUGGACAGAGCAUCCUCUAGCAUCCCCCCAAACGCCAUCAGAGUAAGUGUGGGGUGAGGCGAAUGAACACUCUCUAAUAAACAUUUGUUCUUGCUGUGGGCA